CCUCUAUCCUCUUGGAUCUUGAUAAGAUUUUAAGGGAUUUUCUCUGGGAUCGGAUCCUGAGCACCAGAGGCUUCACAUGAUUAAUUGGGAUAAGGUGUCUCUUCUAAAAUCCUUGGGGGGUCUUGGGAUCAAGAGUGCUAAAGAAGCUAAUAUGGCUGCCAUGGCUAAGCUUAAUUGGAGAUUAUUCUCUGAAAGAGAUAAGCUAUGGAAUUGUGUUUCAUCCGGGAAGUAUAACAUCGAGUUCCGGCCAUCUACCCUUCCAUCUUAUGGUUCCUUUGUCAUAAAAAAUCUCAAUAAAGAUUGCGGUGCUUUCCCCCUGUCGUCGUUUGAUCCCUCUCUUAUUUCCUACCCUACUCCGAGCAAACUAUUGGAGACCAGCAAAGCUACUCUUAUUUCUGAAGUGGGUGUUGGUCAGGACUCCUAUUCCUGUAAGGGUACUCCUGAUGGUUCCUUCUCCCUGAAAUUUGCAUAUCUUAUGGCCAAAGGCCUUGAUCUGAACCCAAAGGGGGAUUGGAAAUGGAUAUGGAGGAUCCACACUCUCCUUAAAAUCCAAAGUUUCAUUUGGCUCUUACGUUACGAACGUCUAAAGACCCUGGAGUUUCUCUCCAGAUUGAACAUUGUGGAUUCGGAUGUGUGCCCUUUGUAUCUUGGUACAACGAAAUCUUGUGUUCAUCUCUAUAGAGAAUGCUCUUUCUUUUCCAUUGUGUGGCUUACUUUCUUUCCCCAAGGGAAUGUUAGCUCUGGUGCUCCCUUUUUUGAGCAGAUAAGAGAUAACUGUACUAUUAAGGAUAAGUGCCCUACUAUUCCCAUUCCUUGGGGCACCGUUUUUAGCUUCAUUCUCAGGAACAUUUGACUACAAAGGAACAAAAAAAUUAUAUUCUUCUAAUGAUUUUGUUCCAAAUCAUACUGCCUCAAUCUUUCGCAAACGAGUCUAUGAAUUUUACUUGUCUUCACCCACUCCUUCUCGUAACAUUCACACGGAGUCUAGACUGGUGUGUUGGUGGAAGCCCCCAUUAGGUUACUUCAAAUUCCACACGGAUGGGUCUGCACUCGGAAACCUAGGUCCUGCUUAGGCUGGCGGGGUCAUUCGGGAUCAUUUGGGAAGAUGGGUCCAUGGGUUUGUUUGCAAAAUUGGGAACACUUCUAGCUAGAGUUCCGUGAAGGUCUUCUUUUGGCUUACCAAAUGAAUAUUCAAAACUUAA